AUUUCUGUUAUCGUGAAUGAUAAUUUAACAGUAGACAUUCCAAACAGUAGAAUAACACGCUGGACUUAAGGCGCUUGUGAGUUCGGGAUUAUAAAAUUUACAAGUGCAAGAAAUUCAGAAUAUUAAAAUAUUUUUUUAUCAUCAAUUAAAUAAAAUUUAAUACCAUGGGUGGUUGGUUGAGCUACUACUGGUGGGGUGGUGACCCUGACGUGGUCAACCCGGUGUCAGGUAUGACGCGACGGGAGAUCUACGCUGUCCAGAAAACUUGGGCACCAGCCUACGAAAACUGUGUUGCAACCGGAUCUGAAUUUUUUAAACGAUUAUUCCGGGCGUGUCCGGAAACUAAAGAUUUCUUUCGAAUGCUGAGACGGUUGUCUGAAGACGAGUUCGACGCAAAUCACCAGUUCAGGGCUCAUGUUAUUAACUUGAUGGCAUCAUUUAACCAGGCUGUGGUGAACCUGCACCAGCCGGAAGUAGUUGUGGUGAUGAUGAACAAACUCGGAGUCUCGCAUGCCAAGAGAAAAAUAAAGGAAAGCCAUUUUAAUGAACUAAAAGUCGUUAUAGUGAACAUUUUCAUCGAAGUAUUCAACCUGGAUAAAAAGACGCUGGGCGCAUGGAGCAAAGCCAUCGACUUCCUGUAUAAGCACAUUUUUGAAACUCUUAAUUCACCUAUAGAAGAAGACUAAGUUAAGAAUUUAUUUGUUAGCAUAUUAGAUCGCUUUUAAAUAGGGUGCCCUAUAUUUUUAUACAACUAAAUGUAACGAAAAAAGUAUUCCUUAGACAAUAAAUACUAGAUUUAUUUGACAAGUCUCAGCAAUUUUUGUGUGACAUAAUAUCCUUAAUUUAUGUGUAUAUAAAUUAUUUCAUAUAAAUCACGUUUGUAUUUCAGCAAUCAAUUUGUUAAUGUGCAUUGUGUGCUGAAACACAAAUAUUGUGUUGUAUUGUCCACGCCAACGGUGCGUGAUUACGAGUGAGGGGUGUGUUUAGUCUAUAGAAAAAUUACGAGGCCUCGUGCCUUGUAAUUUCAGUAAGGUGAUAAUGUAAUACGUACUAGAGAAGCAAUUCCGAACAAAUUAUAAGGCCGGAACUGAAGACAGAUAUAACUUAUCAGUUUUUACUGCGAUGACAUAUCAUGAACAGUUGACAUAAUGUAAUUAAAUUAAUCGUGUAUGAAAUAAUAUGUAGAACUGCGUCGUAAAAAUUACUACUUGACUUUUACUUGUGUUCUGAGAGUUAUUAAAACAGUGUAGAAAUAGACACAGAAGCAUAUUUUAAAUAAAACCCACGAUUUUUUUUACAUACGUUGUUUUUGCUACAUAAGUCCAGCAUAGACUAAAUGAGUUGAUGAUAGUUGUCCAUAAAUUGAGUCACAGAAACAUUCAAGGUAAGAUAUCUUCUCUAGUAAGUAGUACAUAAUAUUACCUAAAUACCCGCAGCAGCUGUGAUAGCGGGGUACUGAUACAGCAUUUCAUAAAAAGCUCAACGUGCCUUUUAGAAUUUUAGUUUACAUAAUUAAUAUUUGAGAUUAUUUAGCUAUAUUUUAUUAUGAAGUUUUUAUUAGAUCACUAAUUUUCACCGAGUCGUUUAGUGGAUUCAAGUGUAUUUACUAUAUACGAUUUUACCUAGAAAUUAAAUUUCUUAUUAAGAUUUUUAUAAUUUUAAAAUAUUUAAAAAAAAAUGUUAAAUUUUA